AUGGCUUCGCCAUCUCAAUUUGUUCAUCUAGUUGAGUCUAUUUCUUCAAUAUCUUUGAGUUCUUCAACCGAUGAGAGCUUAUCUAAUGGGGAUCAUCAGAUGAUUUCACAACGCUAUCGCAAACGAGUUCAAAAUAUGAUGAAUUUGCUUAUUGCACCACAAAUGGUUAAACUACUGUCACUACCAGUUAGAAGACGACGUAUAUGUAAUGAUCGAGAGGGAAGUCAUCGACAAAUAUGGAGAGAUUACUUUGCUGAUGAUUGCAGUUAUCCAUCAGAUUACUUUCGCAGACGAUAUCGGAUGCACCGAGAGUUAUUUCUUCGCAUUUUGAAGGACAUUGAAGCAUACUGUGAGUAUUUUGUCCCAAAAAAGGAUUGUACUAGACAUCGUGGGUGCUCAUCCAUACAAAAAAUGAUCACUGCAAUACAUAUACAAGCCUAUGGAUUAUCUUCAGAUCACUAUGAUGAGUACCUAAAGAGUGGUGAAACCACUGUGAUUAACAAUUCUAUUAAACUCAUAACUGACAAUUUUAUUGAACUCAUCCCGAAUUCGAUCCCAUAA